AUGAGGAAGAAAAUAGAACAAAUAUUGGGCCCACAACAAAUCAUUCCGCCUUUUAACUGGAGUAAAGAUGUGCCAGGUAAAGUAAACUGCUUCAUCUGGCGUGCAAAACAAGACAGAAUCCCCUCGGCAGUCACUUUAUUAUCAAAAGGAGUUUCUGUAAACUCAACGUAUUGUAGCGCAUGCAUUAGCGGGGAGGAGAAUGCAAACCAUAUUCUGGUGGAGUGUCCGUUUGCCCAGACAAUUAGAGAGAAAUUGUUCGAAUGGUGCGGAAUACAGCAGGCAUCUUAUAACUCGAUCAAUGAAUUAUUGAAUUACGCGGAGUCAUGGGGUGGUAGUUUGAAAAAACGUAAUCGGUUCCUCACAAUAUGUUAUGGAUUACUGUGGAAUGUAUGGAAAUACCGUAACGAUCGUGUAUUCAAAGCAAUGUUUAUCAAUCCUACAACCGGGAUGGAGCUUAUCAAAUCUAUGGUGUAUUUCUGGAUCAAAUGUAGGGGAAAUUCAGGAGUGGGCUCAUGGCUAGAAUGGCAGACUUCCCCUUUCGUUAAUUUGUAG